UUUUGUACAGUUUACUGAUGCAGAAAUGAAGGCCACUUAUAAUUGGGUUCCCAUGGUGUUCAUGAUGCUGGUCGUGUUCACAGCGUCUUAUGGAGUAUUUGGAAUAUUUUAUACUAUUUUGGUGGAGAUGCAACCUGCUAAAAUCCGUGUGCAGGCUUUAUCGAUUUGCAUGCUAUUUAAUAGCAUUCUGGUGUUCAUAAUCUUGAAACUAUAUCCAUUUUUCUUAUUUAACUUGGGCAUUACGAUAACAAUGUACUCUUGUGCCAGCGUUUGUGCUCUAACCGGUAUUUAUCUUUACGUGUUUUUACCUGAAACCAAAGGCAAAUCAAUGGAAAAGGACUAGGAAUAUAUGUAUAUAAUAUAAUUAAUAAUAUCCAAGUAUACAAGGAGUUUAAAUUUUUUUGGUUUGUUUUGUUUUUAAUAUGUUGGAAAUAGUAUAUUAUAGAUAUUUGUGAAAAUAUUAUAUAACACACAAAGUUUAAAAAAGAUCACUAUGAUUGAUUAAAAAAAUUUUGCUGCAAAAUAUAAAAUAAUAUAAAUAUAUGAGACAUACGACGGGAUGAACAAAAGUUCGUAAAGUUAACCAGA